GAGUGGGUCAGAAGCAAACGUUUAUGAACAGGCAGUUCCAUGUGCACACAUGGGUGAUAAUUGGCGAAGGAAGAAACACUCAUCCACAGCAAAAACUACACAUUUAGUGGAAACAAAGAGAAAGACGAUCCACCAUAUCUACACCCACAUGGUUAAAACCCAACCUUUAGCACUCUCUCACUGUUCUCUCUGAUCUUUAAGCAUACCCGAUUCAGAGAGAGCCAAGAGAUGGAGAAGAGCAGCGAUGGGUUUGUGAGGGCCGAUCAGAUUGAUCUGAAGAGCUUGGACGAGCACCUCAACAGGGCUUGGAUCAUGGAGAAGAACAAGAAGAAGGAGGAUGGCACUUUUAACCAUACUCUUAGCAAUAGUAUUCAUAUUGACGUCAGGACCACCUCCAGGACUGUGAAGAAGGAGAGGCAGGAGUGGGAGAUCGAUCCCUCCAAGCUCGUCAUCAAGGCCGUCAUUGCCCGUGGCACCUUCGGCACCGUUCACCGUGGCAUCUACGACGGCCAGGAUGUCGCCGUUAAAUUGCUCGAUUGGGGUGAGGAGGGUCAUAGGACAGAAGCUGAGAUUGCUUCAUUAAGGGCAACUUUUACGCAAGAAGUUGCUGUGUGGCAUAAGCUAGAUCAUCCAAAUGUUACUAAGUUUAUAGGGGCAACAAUGGGCUCAUCAGAACUACAGAUACAAACUGAAAAUGGUCAAAUUGGCAUGCCAAGUAAUAUCUAUUGUGUUUUUGUGGAAUAUCUGCCUGGGGGUGCUCUGAAAUCUUACCUCAUAAAAAACAGGAGAAGGAAGCUAGCUUUUAAGGUCGUCAUCCAGCUUACACUAGAUCUUGCUAGGGGGUACCCACCAUUUUGCUGUGACAAAGACGCCAACUUUGAUGUCUACUCCAACAAAGGCUUCGCCGACUACGGCUCUUCUCGUCGAGGUGGCAUCUACUCUUUCAAGAAUUACUCCGAUGGGCUGAACGACCCUGGUGACUAG